AUGCCUGGAUGGCUUAGCAGUGGCAUAGGCAUGGAGGAUGCGACAACACCUCCUCGACUUACAACUUCCCUUUUCCCCCUGGAGGAUCUGGCCUGGAAGUGCACCAAAAAUGCUAUCGCCGUGAGCCAGUAUAUUCAUACUCAUGACCUACCUCAGCCUUCGCAUGAGGCCGACGGCCCUAGCAGCACUCUUCCCAAGGAUGCACCAGCAGAAAUCCAGGAAAUGCGACAGAAUCUCAUAGAGUCUGCACUCCAGCUCCUUCAACUUGCCACCGGACCAAGAGAAUUCAUCCCGAACCUCGCUCCGGGCUUCCAGUACGUGGCUUGUCUAUCAUGGCUCCUCCGCUUCGACAUCUUCCACCUCGUGCCGGUGUCAGGCACCAUCUCGUAUACAGACCUCGCCGCAGCCGCGUCCAAACGAGCCAAUCUUGCCAUUGCCAUCCCGGAGGUGCGUCUCAAGAGCAUCAUACGUAUGGCCAUGACCUCUGUGCUGUUCCGCGAGCCGGAGCCAAAUCGCGUCGGCCACUCAGCCACCUCGGCCCUCCUGGCUCGCGACGCGGACAUACACGCCUGGGCGUCCUACCUGACCGCGCGCUCGGCGCCAACAGCGCUCUCUAUGACGGCCGCACAUGAUCAGUUCUCUCCCGCGAGCGUCGCCAAGAAUGAAACGGCCUACAACGUCGCCUUCACCACCGAGCUGCCCUUCUUCGACCACCUCUCGCUAGACCCGGCCAGCACCGCCGAGUUUGCGGGUUACAUGCGCAAUGUCACGACGAGUGAGGGUGUCGACGUGAAGCACUUGGUAAACGGCUAUCGUUGGGCGGACCUGGGCACCGGGCUGGUCGUCGACGUGGGCGGCUCAACAGGCAACGCAGCCAUCGCCCUUGCGAGGUCCUUCCCGAGCCUCCGCUUCAUCGUCCAGGACCUGCCCGACAAUGCCGAGGCGGGCCGACGCGCAGCGGAGGCAAGCCUCCCGGCCGACAUCCUCUCCCGUGUCACGUUCCAGGGCCACGAUUUUACCCGGCCGCAGCCCGUCGCCGGUGCAGACGUCUACCUCCUGCGCAUGAUCCUGCAUGACUGGCCGGACCAUGUUGCCGUCACCAUCCUCCGAAACCUGGUGCCUGUUCUGGAGGGGAGGGGCUCGAGGACGCCAGCAGCUAAGAUACUCAUUAUGGACACCGUGCUGCCGGCGCCAGGGCAGGUCCCCAGCUCGGUGGAGCGAAUUGUGCGGGUACGAGACCUAACCAUGAUGCAGGUCUUCAACAGCCACGAGAGGGAUCUGGAGCAGUGGGAGGCGCUGCUGGCGGCCGCGGAUGAGAGGUUGCGGUUGCGACGGGUUGUGGAGCCCUUUGGGAGCGCUAUGUCGUUGUUGGAGGUGGAGCUUGGCCAUGAUUCCCAGGAGGGGGGGGAGGAGGAGGAGGAGGAGGAGGAGGAGGAAGAAGAGAACUGGGAUAUUAGCGGGUGA